AUUGUUGAUUAGUUCCAUUCGCGAAAACCCAACAAUAAACAAAUCAAAAUGUUCAAGUUCGUCCUCAUCCUGGCAAUUUCAGCUCAGUCUACUGUUCUGGCCGCCCCCAAGCCGGAUCUGCUCGCGGCACCCGCAUUCGCCCCUGCUGUGGUGACUGCUCAGAGUUCUCAGGUGAUAGCGCGCAACUAUAACGCCCUGGCGGCACCCUUGGUGGCCGCCCCUGCUCCUUUGGUGGCAGCCUCCGUAGCGGCACCUCUCGCCGCCCCCGUCGCUAGAAUCGCCGCUCCUGCAUUCGCCCCAGCUCCUUUGGUGGCAUCUCCCUACUUAGCCAAUCCCUAUUUGGCGGCACCAGCUCCUUAUCUUAUCUAGGACGGGACGUAGUGAACGUUUUGUGUAGAUGUUGUUUGUAAAUACACUUUCGACU